AGCUUUCCCUGUGCUCGUUGAUAUCUCUUCGAAUUAAUCAUGGCUGACGAGGAAGUUGCCGCUUUGGUCAUCGAUAACGGUAGUGGUAUGUGCAAGGCUGGAUUCGCCGGUGAUGAUGCUCCUCGUAGCGUCUUCCCCUCGAUUGUCGGCCGACCCAAGAUGCCCGGUAUCAUGGUGGGUAUGGACCAGAAGGACUCCUAUGUUGGUGAUGAGGCUCAGUCCAAGCGUGGUAUUUUGACCUUGAAGUACCCGAUUGAGCAUGGUAUCGUCACAAACUGGGAUGAUAUGGAGAAAAUCUGGCAUCACACUUUCUACAACGAACUGCGUGUCUCCCCCGAGGAACACCCAGUUCUACUCACUGAGGCUCCUCUCAAUCCUAAGGCUAAUCGCGAGCGCAUGACUCAGCUCAUGUUCGAGACCUUCAACGUGCCAGCUAUGUAUGUCCAGAUUCAGGCCGUGUUGUCUCUGUAUGCCUCCGGUAGAACCACCGGUAUCGUUAUGGACUCCGGUGAUGGCGUUAGUCACACUGUUCCCAUCUAUGAGGGUUACGCCCUUCCUCAUGCUAUUCAGAGGCUCGAUCUUGCUGGCCGCGAUUUGACUGAGUUCAUGAUGAAAAUCUUGACGGAGCGCGGGUACACAUUCACUACUACGGCUGAGAGAGAGAUCGUCCGUGACAUCAAGGAGAAGUUGUCCUACGUCGCACUUGACUUCGACACUGAGAUGAAGGCCGCUGCUGAGAGUAGUGAGAAGGAGAAAACGUACGAGUUGCCCGAUGGCAACAUUAUUACUGUUGGUAACGAACGCUUCCGCUGUCCAGAAGUACUCUUCCAGCCCACUUUCAUUGGUAAGGAGGCCAGCGGCAUCCACGACACCACUUUCCAGUCUAUCAUGAAAUGCGACGUGGAUAUCAGGAAGGAUCUGUACGCUAAUGUGGUCCUUUCUGGAGGGACUACGAUGUUCAAUGGUAUCGGUGAGAGGAUGACUAAGGAGCUCACUGCUCUGGCCCCCUCUACUAUGAAGAUCAAAGUCGUGGCUCCUCCUGAACGCAAGUACUCUGUCUGGAUUGGAGGCUCUAUUUUGUCCUCUUUGUCGACCUUCCAGCAGAUGUGGAUUUCUAAGCAGGAGUAUGACGAGUCUGGACCUACUAUUGUGCAUCGUAAAUGCUUCUAAAUGCAUGUGUCAUCAGCAAUGGGGUGAAGCACUGCCUUUUCGAGGUGGUGAAUCUCUUCGUUGUAUUAUUACUACUUACUGGUUACCCAUGGGCAAUAGGCCUACUACUUUUGUGAAGGAUGGUGUUGGGGAUUGCACGAGUGCUACUGUUGCAAACUAUAG